AUUUCGACAGAAAUACUUCGGCGAGUUCAUCUUUUUCCAAGCCAUCUAGAACCUCGUGACCUUGACCUGAUAAUUCCGGGUAGCGAUUGGCCUACUUGGAUUCAGACGGAACUUGGACGACUCAGUCGUGAAUGUGCCAGUCCAAAGCCCAAAGGAUGGACAGCACUCAGUCGUGAGGCAUGGAAAUCCUACCAGUCU